CCAUCGUUGCGGGCACCCAGUUGCGCGAUGAGCGAUACAUAAGCCCCCAGACGGAGGUGCGAGGGCCCCCAAGGAGCACCGCCGACACCUCGAGCAACAUGACCAAAGUCCACGCCGCGCCAAACGACGCCGAUGUCGAGCAGGUCAAGGUUCAGUACGAGCACAAGGAGGACAAGCUCGAGAAGCUCAAUGCGGACCUUGAUGGCGACGCGCCGUUCGAGAUCGACCCCGCCAAGGAGCGCGCCCUGGUGCGCAAGGUCGACCUGCACAUGAUGCCGAUGCUGUGGCUCAUGCUUCUGAUGAACUACAUCGACAGGACCAACAUUGGUAACGCCAAAGUCGGCGGCAUGGCUGCCGAGCUGCACAUGAAGUCGGCCGACUACUCGCUCGUCCUGUCCAUCUUCUACGCCGGUUACCUCGCGUUCGAGGUGCCUUCGAACAUGAUCCUUGCGCGCACCAACCCGCGGUACUACCUCCCGUUCCUCAUGAUCGCCUGGGGCGCCAUGUCAUGCGCGGUCAAGGGCAUCCACUCGAUCGCCGGCAUGGCCGUCUUCCGCGUCGCCCUCGGACUCGUCGAGGCAGGCUUCUACCCCGGUGUCAUGCUCCUCAUGAGCUGCUGGUACAAGCCCAACGAGCUCUCGCGCCGCAUGACCCUCUUCUACUCGGCUACCCUGGUGGCUGGAGCAUUCGGAGGUCUUCUUGCCGGCGGCAUCAUCCAGGGCAUGGAGGGUGUCGGUGGCACCCCUGGCUGGAAGUGGCUCUUUAUUAUUGAGGGAUGCGCGACUGUUGCGGUGGCUGGGUUUGCCGUCUUCGUCCUGCCCAACUACCCCGCCACAACCUCCUGGCUCACCGACGAGGAGCGCUCCAUCGCUGUCCGCCGCCUACUCUCCGAGGACGCCGACACAGACGGCGAAGCCCACGUCGGACACCUCAAGGCCAUGAUGCAGGCGUUCAAGGACCCCAUCAUGUGGUGCAUGCUCAUCACGUACAACAUCAUCAACUGCUCGGGCACCAUCUCGUACUUCAUCCCGACACUUACCGCCGCGCUGGGGUACCACGGCCGCAUGUCCCAGUUCAUGACUGUGCCGAUUUACGCCGUGUCUCUCGUGCUCUCGAUCGCUGGCGGCUUCAUCGCCGACAGGACCGGCCACAAGGCGUUCACCAUCGCCGGUGCCGGUGCGCUCGCGUGCGCAUCGUACGUCGUGUGCACGGUCGUCUCCAACCCCAAGGUCAAGUACGCGUUCAUCUGUUUUGGCGCCGGCGGCGUCUGGACCUGUAUCCCCGUCUUCCUGUCCUGGGUGGUCAUCAUGUUCGACGGCCGCGAGAAGCGCGCCAUCUCCAUUGCGAUGAUCAACGGCUUCGGCAACCUUUCGUCGAUUUACGGAUCCUUCUUCUGGCCCUCCAGCGACGCGCCGAGGUACCACAAGGGCUUUGCCAUCACCACCUCGCUGUGUGGUUUCCUCGUCGUCAUGGUCCUGUUCACCAGGUGGCGCUUUGGUGACAAGGGUGUUGCGAGGACAGCUUAGGAGUGUGAUGGAAGCGAGAGGGAAGCUUGUACUGUAGAUAUGUGAAUGAUGGAUAUCUUUGGGCAAAGGUGGCCGUUGUUCUUUAGUGCGAUGCUCUAUGCCACACGCCUCAUUGUCUUCAU